AUGGCAGCAGCCAGAGCAGCUGCAGCAGCCAGAGCAGCAGCAGCAAGAGUUGUAGCAGAGGCCAGGGCAGCACGGAGGGGCAGCAACAGCAGCAACAGUUAUGGAGGUCGCCUGAGUGGCCAGGGGUACCACCAGCAGCAGCAGCAACAGCUGUGGUGCAGCAGCAUCAGCGAUGGCUGCUGGGGAGACAGCAGCCCAGGUGCCAGCAGCAGUAACAGCAGCAGGCAGGGGGUGUCAGAAGCAGCAGCAACAGCUGUGACGACGAUCACGGAGGGCAGGGGCUGGCAGCAACAGCAGAACAACUGUGGCAGCAGCCAGGCUGGCAGUGACAGUAGCAGCAGCAACAGCUACAGCAGCAAUGAGAUGGCAAGCAGUGGCAGCAGCAGCAGUUACUCCUGUGGAAGAGGUCAGAGCGGCAUCAGAUGGCAGCAGCUGCAGCAUCAACAGCUGCAGUGGUGGCCAAGGCAGCAGCAGAUGGCAGCAGCAAAAGCAACAGCAGCAGCUGAACAGCUGUGGUGGCAGUCAGGGUGGCAGAGGGUGGAAGUAGUAGCAGCAACAGCUUCAGUGGCAGUGAGGGCAGUGGAGGCUGCUAGUACAUACAGCUACUGCAGUGGUGACAGUAGCAGCAGCAACAGCUGCAGUGGUGACUAA